AGGGUACAGGUGACCUUGCUGAGUGCGAGCUGUAGCCGGCGGCUCCGUUGGCGCCAUGUACCGGGCUCUGUGUCGAAGUGUUGCGGUUGUCCAGUGGCGGGCAUCUCCCCCAGUGCUCAGUCGGGUACAACCAGCUAUUUGCAUCACAGCUACUCGAUCACUUGCAACCCAACCAGUAUCGACAGAGGGCAAAAGUAUCGUCAUUACCGGGUGUGACACUGGAUUUGGAUAUUCAUUGGCUGAACACCUGCAUGCUCAAGGAUUCAAAAUAUUUGCAGGCUGCCUGUUAAAGGAUGAAGGUGGGGAAGGAUCAAAGAAACUGGAGGAGAUGAAAAGUGAUCGAAUGGUUGUCGUCCAGUUAGAUGUUUGUAAAGAUGAAGAAGUAGCAAAAGCAGUAGAAUUUGUGAAAGAUAAUUUAACAGAUUCAGAAAAGGGUCUUUGGGGUCUGAUUAACAAUGCUGGUAUCUCAACUUUUGGGGAAGUAGAAUUCACCACCCUGAAUACUUAUAAGCAAGUUGCAGAGGUUAACCUGUGGGGAACUAUCCGUGUGACCAAAGGUUUCCUUCCCUAUAUUCGUAGAGCAAAAGGUCGUGUGGUUAACAUUGCAAGCAUGCUGGGACGGAUGGCCAAUCCUGCUCGAUCCCCUUACUGUGUCACGAAGUUUGGAGUGGAGGCAUUCUCCGACUGCUUGCGCUAUGAAAUGCACCGCUGGGGUGUUAAAGUUAGUGUUGUUGAACCUGGCAAUUUUAUAGCUGCCACCAGUCUUUACAGUCCUGAACGUGUCAAAAUGAUCACAGAAAAGAUGUGGAAUGAUCUCCCUGACGUUGUCCGUAAGGAUUAUGGGAAAGAAUACUUUGAUGAACAGAUUGCAAAAAUGCAGUCUUAUCUUGUGGGUGGUUCCACAGACACUUCGGAAGUGAUUAACGAUGUGACACAUGCACUGACCUCUGCAUCCCCAUACACUCGCUAUAAUCCAAUGGAUUACUACUGGUGGUUGAGGAUGCAGAUUAUGACCCACUUUCCAGCUGCUAUAUCUGAUCGAAUAUACAUUCAUUGAAAUGGUUGCAAAUGGAUUUUAACAUUUCAAUAUACCUCCUUACUAAUCAAAUAGAUACUGGUUUAUGGCAGUGUUUAAAAAUAAUAUUUUCAUAAUGGAGUCACUGUGCAGAAUGCACUAUUCUAUCAACUUUUGUUAGUGGUUAUCAAGAUCUGUUCCAAUAAUGGCUGUUGCUGCAGUUAUGAUACUGAAUUUGGUAAAAAGCUACAUAAUGAUGCAGAAGGAAUACUAUAAGUGUGAGCUGCCUUCAGAAAUGUGGUCUUUUCAAACUACUCAGGGACGUUGUUUCUCAUUUCAUAACCUAUCUUUGAGUAGAAGACAAAAUUUAAAUCUCAUUUGAAAAAUAUGCAGGGGUAUGCCCAGAAUUUCUUGGGAGGUACUAAGAAUCCUGAGCAGAGAUUUACCUUAAUAUUUUGAGAAUGCUGUUCCUCGAGUCUGUUUUGUACAAAUGUUCACCACCUGCUAUCUGGAAAUUAAACUCUACGCGUGAGAAUGCAAAUAUAACCAAAAAGGAUAGAUUGGUUGUAUCUGUCCUGGAAUUGCUUCUGGUGCUGUCCGUUUCAACUGUCUUGCAGUAAUGUCGAAUUAACAUAUUUGUCCUGUUGUAGAAUCAAAAGCUUUACUCAAUUAAAAACGUGUUUUCUGGUGACUGCAUAUAUUAUGAUCUGUUUGGUUUCUUUGAAUACUCCUAGCUUUGAAGUAAGUUGCGUCGAUAUUAUCUUUUUAUAUGUCUUUUUAAGAUCAGCAAAGUAUCUAAAUUAUUGUUUUCUUUGAUAACUGGGAUGUCUUUAACGGAAUUGGUACUUGUAGACCUUACUCAGACAACAUGACGUGGGAAUGAUUUGUUUACAUUCAAGAGAACUUAAGUGAAAUUGUAUAAAUUAUUAUUUUAAUAAACAUGAAGGUGUUGAUCUAAAGCAUAUUUUAAUUAAA